AUCACUGAGUUUCAAUGAGACAGAAGCAGCUGUUCAACUCCAGCUGUGAUAAUUCUCAAACUCCAUCGGAUCCAGGAAGGACAGAACCAUAUAUAAACACAACAUUCAGCCAGAGAGAGAGUGCUGUCUUGAAUGUUAUUGAGGGGAAAAAAGCAUGAAGCUCAUCAUCCUGGUUGCUUUGUUUGGGCUUGGCUUUACCCAGCAUGACCCCAAUAUCAAGGACGGAAGGACCGCCAUCGUCCAUCUGUUUGAGUGGCGCUGGGCUGACAUUGCUGCAGAGUGUGAGCGCUUUCUGGGUCCCAAUGGUUUUGGUGGAGUUCAGAUUUCUCCUCCAAAUGAACACAUUGUGAUAAACAAUCCCUGGAGGCCCUGGUGGCAGAGAUACCAGCCCAUUGGCUACAACCUGUGCUCCAGAUCUGGCAGUGAAGAUGAACUGAGGGAAAUGAUCACCAGAUGCAACAAUGUUGGGGUUAACAUCUAUGUGGAUGCUGUCAUAAACCACAUGUGUGGAGCAGGCGGUGGAGAAGGAACUCACUCUUCAUGUGGAAGCUGGUUCAGUGCCAGCAAACAGGACUUCCCCAGUGUGCCGUAUUCCAACUGGGACUUCAACGGCAACAAAUGCAAAACUGCCAGCGGUGACAUUGAGAACUAUGGAGACCCUUAUCAGGUGCGCGACUGUCGUCUUGUUAGUCUGUUGGAUCUCGCCCUUGAGAAAGAUUACGUCAGGGGCAAAGUAGCUGACUUCAUGAACAAGCUGAUUGACAUGGGUGUGGCUGGAUUCAGAGUGGAUGCCUGCAAGCACAUGUGGCCCGGUGACCUGGAUAACGUUUACCGUCGUCUUCACAACCUCAACACCAAGUGGUUCCCCAAUGGCUCCAGGCCUUUCAUCUUCCAGGAGGUCAUUGAUCUGGGAGGUGAGCCCAUUUCAUCCAAGGAAUAUUUCUCUCUGGGAAGAGUGACUGAGUUCAAAUAUGGAGCCAAACUGGGAACUGUCUUCAGGAAAUGGAAUGGUGAAAAGCUUCAUUACACCAGGAACUGGGGAGAAGGAUGGGGCUUUAUGCCUGAUGGCAAUGCACUUGUGUUUGUUGAUAACCACGACAACCAGAGAGGUCACGGUGCAGGUGGUGCAUCCAUCAUUACCUUCUGGGACUCCAGACUCUACAAGAUGGCUGUUGGCUACAUGCUGGCUCAUCCCUAUGGAGUAGCCAGAGUCAUGUCCAGCUUCCGAUGGGAUCGUCACAUUGUCAAUGGAAAAGAUCAAAAUGACUGGAUGGGCCCUCCCAGCAACAGUGAUGGGUCCACCAAGCCUGUUCCCAUCAACCCUGACCAGACCUGUGGAGACGGAUGGGUGUGUGAGCACCGAUGGCGUCAGAUCAAGAACAUGGUCAUUUUCCGUAAUGUGGUCAACGGACAGCCCCACAGCAACUGGUGGGACAACCAGAGCAAUCAGGUGGCUUUUGGGCGUGGUGAUCGUGGUUUCAUCAUCUUCAAUAAUGAUGACUGGGACCUAGACGUGACCUUGAACACGGGUAUGCCAGCUGGAACCUACUGCGAUGUCAUUUCAGGCCAGAAAGAAGGAAACAGCUGCACUGGAAAACAGAUCCAAGUUGGAAACGAUGGCCGUGCUCACUUCAGGAUCAGCAACAGUGAUGAAGACCCUUUCGUUGCAAUCCAUGCACAAUCCAAGCUGUAAACCGCUAAAUCUAUUUACAGUUCACAAUAAAAUCUGAAAGAUUAUCAAA